CCCGCCGGCUGGGCAGUUGCUUGCAGCGAGGGAUCGCGGGCGGGCGGGACGAUGGCGCUGGGACAGAGGACGAUCCUGCUGCUGCUGAUGGCUCUCGGCUCCCGGCUCCGGACCGCCGCAGGUGACGAGUGGAGUUACAGCGGGCCAGAGGGUGAGGAUCACUGGGCCUCACACUUCCCACACUGUGGGACAACGCUGCAGUCUCCCAUUGACUUCCACUCUGGCAUCUUCACUUUCAACCCUGCCCUGGAGCCCAUCCAGUUACUGGGAUACAACCUGUCCACCACACAGAUGCUGUCGAUAACCAACGAUGGCCAUGCCGUGAAAGUCACCCUGCCUCCCACCAUGCGCAUCGUCAGCAUGUCGCAUCACUACACUGCCGUGCAACUCCACCUGCACUGGGGCAGCGAGACGGAGCCCGUGGGGUCUGAACACACCAUCAGCGGGGUACACUACCCAUCGGAGUUGCACAUUGUUCACUACAACUCUGAGAAAUACGAGAAUAUAUCGAUGGCGAUGGACAAGGCGGAUGGGCUGGCCGUGAUAGGGAUUCUGCUAGAGAUUGGGCCCUUCAACCCUGCCUACGACCAGAUCUUUAAGCAUUUGAUAGACAUUCAGUAUAAAGGUCAAAAGAUCGUGAUCCCGGGAUUUGAUAUACACGACCUCCUGCCAGGCCGACUGGACAAGUAUUUCCGGUACAACGGAUCACUGACCACCCCUCCAUGUUAUCCCAGUGUGCAGUGGACAGUGCUGAGAGAGCCAGUGCAGAUAUCCAGUGAACAGCUUCUGGAGCUCGAGAGUGAUCUGUACUUCUCCAACAAGGGUGAAGGCAAUCAAACAGCAUUGGUGGACAAUUACAGACACGUCCAGGAUCUCGGCGAGAGAGAGGUCUUCAUUUCCUUCCAAGAGCCAGUAAAUGCGGGACAGAGCCUGUCUCCAGGUGUAAUCGUGAUCAUCGCACUCUGCUGCCUGUUUGGUGUCACCAUCGCUGUGGCCAUCACCAUCUUCUUUCUGAAGAAGAGAGCGCGUAAAACGACAGAGGACGGGGGGAUGGUGUACAAGGCGGCAACAGCGGCAGACACUCCCGCGCAGGCCUGAGCCGCCGGCAGCGUCUCACGUGGCCACCAGCGCACUAACGUGUCGGGACAUCGAGCAUCGAUACGUGGAGAUGUGGCAACAACCUAUAACUGUUUGCAGUGCAGUGUCAUCUGUAGUGUCCUCUCCUGAAUCCUGACCCUACCGUUGAUUGAAAUGUUCUCUUUAAAUGACAA